CAUCUGUCAAAAUACGUAGUCUAUGAUUAUACAGCAAAUUUCAUUCUCUCGCCAGUGGAAGUGCAUUUUAUUGUUUCUUUGAUCCAAACAACUUCUAAAUCAACUUCAAAAUGGUAUUGGAAAGUACUAUGAUUUGUGUUGACAACAGUGAUUAUAUGAGAAAUGGAGACUUUCUUCCAACAAGGCUUCAGGCCCAGCAGGAUGCCGUAAACCUGGUAUGUCAUUCUAAAACACGGUCAAAUCCAGAAAAUAAUGUAGGUUUGCUGACUCUCGCUAACGUAGAGGUGCUAGCCACUUUAACCAGCGAUGUGGGUCGCAUUUUGUCCAAAUUGCACCGAGUGCAGCCAAACGGCGACAUCAACCUAUUGACUGGGAUCAGAAUUGCUCACUUGGCUCUAAAGCAUCGUCAAGGAAAGAACCACAAGAUGCGCAUUGUGGUGUUCGUCGGUUCUCCUAUCCACACUGAUGAGUCUCAGCUAGUAAAGCUGGCCAAGAGGUUGAAAAAAGAGAAGGUGAACUGUGACAUAGUUUCGUUUGGAGAGGAUGCGGAUAACAAUCCUCUUCUUACGACGUUUGUCAACACAUUGAACGGGAAGGACAACACUACUGGUGGCAGUCAUCUCGUGUCUGUACCCGCUGGAGGCUGUGUGGUUCUCUCAGAGGCUUUGAUUUCAAGCCCUUUGAUUGGAGGAGAUGGAGCUGGCCCAUCUGGUUCUGGCUUGUCACCAUUCGAGUUUGGAGUUGACCCCAAUGAAGAUCCUGAACUUGCCCUUGCUCUCCGUGUGUCUAUGGAAGAACAAAGACAGCGUCAAGAAGAGGAAUCUCGUCGCCAGCAAUCUACUGCAGAAGGGGAGACAGGGAAAACUACUGAAGCCCAGAACACUGGCAUGGAGAGAGCACUAGCCAUGUCACUGGGCCGUGAGGCUAUGGAGUUGUCUGAAGAAGAGCAAAUUGCCCUUGCUAUGCAAAUGAGCAUGCAGCAAGAUGCACCAGCUGCUGAAGAGAGCAUGGAUGUUUCUGAGGAGUAUGCCGAAGUUAUGAAUGACCCAGCUUUUCUACAGAGUGUUCUAGAAAAUCUCCCUGGUGUUGAUCCUCAGAGUGAGGCUAUUCGGAAUGCUAUGUCCACUAUUAAGAAAGAUAAGGAUGAAAAGGAUGACAAAGACCAAAAGGAUAAGGAUGGAAAGGGUUCUGGAUCAAAAGAAAUGUGAAAUAUUUUUCAAUUUUUUUUAAUUGAUCCAUUAUGCUCGUAAACUUUAACAUUAGACACCACUUGAGUGUUACUAUCACUAUAAAUUUAUAAAUAAUACAGAUGAUAUAAAAUAAAUUAUUUCUUUUUGUUCACUUCCAUGAAAUCCAAUUGAGGCCUUCAAUCUUUUCAUAUUCUGAAACAAUAAUGUUCAUUUUAUUGAAACCUUAUAAAAUCAUUUAAAUAUAUUGGGACUGUCUUUACUUACUUGAGUCAUUCCAAAAAUGUUUGCUCUGAAAUUUCUGUCUGACUUCAAGCAGUUGUUUUUUCCUAAAUUCCUCAUUGAAUGGCUUUGGUUUAUGUAUAGCCACUAAUUCUUUCUUACUUUCUAAAACAAAGUGUUAAUCCUAAUGAGAAAAAAAUCUGUGUUAAAAUCUAAUGAGAAUUGCAGACUUAGUACACUUACAAAAACCAUUACCAUAGCAUCAUUUACUAUGUUCAUUAAUGU